AUGUUUUUUAUUUUUGAAUUCCAGUACCAGUUUUUGAAGAAUCUCUUUGAAAUUCAGAUUGGAGAAGAAGAAGAAGGAGGAGAAGAAGAAGAAGAAGAAAAAGAAGAAAAAGAAGAAGAAAUUAUUGGAAAAAUAAAAGAAGAUUUUAGCUGA